CUAGUCAGCUGAUUUACUGAUCUGACGUCAUUAAAACGCGACUGUUAUCACGUGAGACCGAGACAGUAAUGACAACAGCAAGCUGAACAAAAUUGUGAGACGCUAAGAUGACAACUGCUUUGACGCAAGGUCUUGAGAGAAUACCGGAUCAAAUUGGAUAUCUAGUCAUCAGCGAGGAUGGAGUAUUAGCUUCCUCGGGUGAACUUGAGAAUGAUGAACAUACAGCAGGAGUCAUCAUGCAAAUGGUGCGAACUGCCUGCCGUUUUCGACUCCAUGGAACACCUGAGCCUCCAUUCAAACGCAUGUCAGUGAUGUUUGAGGACUAUGUUUAUGCAGUAACAGUCUCCGGACAGAAAGUGUUUGUGGUAAAAAGACAAAACAACCAGAGAGAACCUGUGACUGUGUAGAGUGAGAACGAGGUCAGAUCCCAUGUGGACAGCGGCUUAAUAGCCACCCAGGACCCAGGCCACGGAACGUUGAGUUUUUUUGUUUUUGUUUGUUUGUUUUUAUUUUAAUGCUGAAUAACAGUCCUGGUGAGGAGGUUGGUUCACCUCUCUGCUUGGAUUGAAGUCGUAAGGCAUUCUUGUUAAUUUCUUUAUUCACAAAUUGGAUGUCAUCUUUUGUGCAACAGAUGUUUUUGGUUUUGAAUUAUGUUACCGGGUAGUAGGCUACACAGUUUUUCUUCCAAAUCGAUUGGUUCUGGUCAAAUUAAAUUAACACAUUUUAGAGUUCUGUUUUACAAAAAAUACUUUCUUUAAUUUGGUUAUUUAUACAUACAACUACUAGUAUUUAUUUAAACUAUUCACAGGGCCCUAGCACUAACCAGAAUUUUACAAGUGAUAAACACGUGUAUGUUAUACAUCAUGACGGUUGCAAAAUAUAUUAAUGUAGUGACAAGUGUGAUCAUCCAUGUAAACGUUCAUUGCAUAUGACUAACAAAUAAAUAUAACAAAGUAUUUUGGGACGUUUUAAA